AUGAAGCGGACACUACGUCAAGGCAGUUACGCGGCACUCAACCUCUUCUACCUGAAAUUUGCCGAUAUUGGUAGCGGCUAUGCGGCGUUCCCCGUAAAGAAUCCAAGCAAGAAGCAGUUUGACGAGGACAUGGCGCUCCAAGGCUGGAAAAGCACGCCCGCGGGCGGCGGCAACGGCAGAGUGAAGACUCACGAGAUUGGCGGCUGCCAAGAUCCCGGUGACCAUAUUGACGAUGCACCCGCUGAGAAUGAUAGCCGCGGCGGUAAAUGCGAUGAGCGCGAUACCUGCCCCAAGAUGCCGGGCAAAGAUCCCAUCCAGAACCACAUGUCCUAUGCCACCGCCUAA